UCUCAACUGGUAUUUUGGCUUGUUGGGAGGAAGGGGGGGAUUUGUUACACACAGGCCAUCCUGUAGUAGUGGCCCCAUUUCCUUAAAUUAACAACAAUGCGUUUAUUUCCACCGCUCGCCUUUAUCAAACGUUCCAGAGCCGUGCCCCAAGAACCGGUGCCCUACAAAUACAGCGUCCCCCUGAAACUCAAACAAGGAGUAUCGAACAAGGGGGGCAAAAUCUCCGAAGUGUGCUGCAUCCACGAAAUGUCCGUAAUGUUUUCCUGCUUGAAAGACAACGAGUUUCAACAGCAGUUGUGCCACAAGGAGGUGGAAUCAUUUCAAAAGUGCUACACAUCGUUUUUGACCGACAAGAAUCAGAGAAGCGAAAGAGAGAUGAAGGGACUUUUGACGCCCGGCGAAAAGAGAAUGACAUCCAAGCAAUUGAACGUGCUAUUAAAAAAAUACCCUAAUCUAGAGUAGUUAUAAUAAUUUAUUGUAGAUAGUUUGGUUUAAUAUAAAGUUAUGUUUUAA